AAGUUUACACACUUCUCUUGUCUCAGCCAUUGGUCUCAUGUGAGCAGCAUUAAAUAAAAAUAAUCUUGUUUUAUUUGUAAAGUUCCUCAUUAAUUAGAUAAAUAAAACAGAAUGCCUCACACUGUCAUUACUACAACCACCACAACAACAUCCACCGCGGAUGGAGGAUUUUGCAACAUUGCUUAUGCCCGUUCAUUUCAAGGAUUACUGAAAAUCGGCCAAGUGGUGAUCCUCCUGAUUGCUUUCCUCUGUGUGCACUGUGAGCGGCUCUACGCACACUCUGCCUUUCGCUACUUUGAGGUGGUCACUGCAUGGUUUCUCGUCGUCUUCUUCUUCUUCUUCCUCAUGUAUUUGUUUCGACUUCAAAGCAAAAUCACAUGCAUCAACUGGACAUUGACGGAGUUUUUACAUUAUGCUGUAGGAGGAAUCCUGGUCUUUAUCGCCUCUAUAGUUGUAGCUGUGAAUAGUUAUGGGAUCUCAUCUUUAAUCGCUGGAUCUGUGUUUGGCUUUAUGGCUACUUUUCUUAUUGCAAUCAGCAUAUGGACUUCUUAUAAGGUCACAUGUGGCUCUCAACCAACUGGUGCUGCAGUGUAACCAGAAGGAAGAAAUUGAAGAAACUGGAAGUAGCAGGAAAAAUUCUCAAUUUGUUCUAGAUGGAUGAUGAGUGCUUUGAGGACCUGGAAGGGACAUUUUUAAACGUUUUGGAAGAUGCUGUGUGCUUCAAGAGUAGAUUUCUUCAUCAAAAUUUCAGUGCCUCAAUGAACUUAACUGUCUCUUUUAUCUCGGCAUGCGCAGCAGCUGGGAUCAACUUUUUCACCAGUAGUAAUGGAUUAUUUUAAGAAUGGAGUUUUAUAUUUAUCAACGAUGUCUGAAACUAAAAGGGGCCAUUUCUGCAGUAGAAUGUUUACAUUAUUUAUUUGACAGUAUUUCAUGUGAUGCAGAUUUGAUUCAGUGACUCCGAUCAAAGAAUAUUUAGGCUGAAGUGAGGUGUUCAUAAAGGAUGGAUGCUGGCCCACUGUUUUAUUAUUAUUAUCACAAGAGUUAAAGUGUAUAUUUACUUUUCACAGUAUCUCAUGAUAUUAUUAUAUGCAACACAACUGUAAAGUUUGAAGAAUGUAUUUCUGGCUUUCUAAAUGCGAGUCCCUUUGUUUUGUCCACUGUGUGAUAAAAGGUAAAACGUC